AUUUCAGUUUGUGGAAUGAAAAAAAUAUCUUCACCUCAUUCAGCCCAAGUAAACAGCACGAAAGCUUCUACAACCACAGCGAGAGUGAGAGAAAUCCAGAGCGACUGAGAGACAAAGGGAAAGAGAUCGGAUUCUAAACUUGCCGGAUCAGCAAUCGAACGUAAAGAGACGAGAGCGAGAGAGAGAGAUGGUUGAAGAGAGAGAGGAUCCACAGAAGAUAAAGAGGUUGGCGGCGGCGGCUUAUGAUUACGAGAACGACCCCCGAUGGGCCGACUACUGGUCCAACAUCCUCAUCCCUCCCCACAUGGCUUCUCGCUCCGACGUUGUGGACCACUUCAAGCGCAAGUUCUAUCAGCGCUACAUCGAUCCUGAUCUUGUGGUGGAGGCAAUGACUUCAACUGGUUCAUCUCAAUCAACAAAACCUUCUUCAUCCUCCUCCACAUCAUCAGCAACUUCAAAUGACCAAACUCGACAACGGAACACAGGGUCAACUACAAGGACCUCUGGGACAUCAGCAAGUGCAGGUCCAAAUACUAGUCCUACUUCUGUCCGCUGGGAUCGACAAACUAUUCAAUUUUCUGUCAAUGCUUGGGUUUUUGUUGUGGCUGUGCUUGCAAUCAUUCCUCUUGUACCCAAAAAUCUUUCAAAUAGGGCAUAUCGGUUGUCAUUUAUGGGCACUGCUUGUUCAUCACUGUAUUCUUUAUACACACUUUAUGGGAGACCAAGGGCUUGGAAUUUGCCGGCUUUGCAAGCUUAUUUUCAGUCAAUAAUUGCAACCAAAGACUUUAUAUACUUCAUCUACUGUCUUACAUUUGUCACUUCACAUCUUUGCCUCAAAUUUGCUUUAAUUCCGAUUUUAUGCCGAGCACUGGAGCAGGUUGCAAAGUUUUUAAGGCGCAAUUUCACUCGUUCCACCUUAUACAGGAAGUAUCUUGAAGACCCAUGUGUGUGGGUGGAAUCAAACACAACUACCCUGAGCAUUCUUUCCUCGAAUGCUGAAAUUGGACUUGGCUUCCUUUUAAUAAUCUCUUUGUUCUCGUGGGAGCGCAACAUAAUACAAACUUUCAUGUACUGGCAGCUUUUGAAGCUGAUGUAUCAUGCACCUGUGACUGCUGGUUACCAUCAGAGUGUCUGGGCCAAGAUUGGAAGGACUGUGAAUCCACUUGUUCACCAAUAUUGCCCAUUCUUGAAGACACCAAUUUCUGCUGCUCAAAGAUGGUGGUUGAGAUAGAUAGGCAAAGUUGAAAAUAGGAAGCGAAAAAGAAUUAUUCAUCUUGGAAUUUUCUCUAUCUUUUAUUGGCAUUAAAUUUGGAAGUGAGGGCACUAACUUCAGAUAUAUGGCGUAGCAGCUGCCAUUAUGAUUGUGGAUUAAUAAAACCUUUUCUGUUUUCAUAA